AUACGUAAUUAUUCAAGGUAGGUAUGUACCUACCUUCCCCUUAACAACCAAAACGCGAACGUGGCAUCUCUUUCUUCGACAUUAGUCUCCAUGCCACCCUUCGCUCAGUGACUGCGUUGAACCGGAUCAUUACCGAGAGUACCGGAUUAAAUACACCAUGCGCGGACUGCAGAGGACCACGGGUGCUCUCCCCAGGGCAACACCCGGUCUACUGCGCACAUGCGCCACUCGCCAUAGCCGCACCAUCAACACCCUGCAGGCCCGGCAAAAGACCUCCGGCGACCAGCAGCGGGCCAACGCUCCGGCCACGUCCGCCACCACGCCGCUCGACCUCUCCCGGAACCAGGGGGUCUACGGCGCAAAUUGGUCCUCACACUUCACCGCCUCAUCGGAAAGCCACAGCCUCCUGCAGCAGGCCGACGACCCCGCGCGCGCUCUCUACACGACGCAGAUCUACCACGGCCAGGCGCGCCCGCCCAGCCGGCGCGGCAUCCACCACCACUCGGCCCCGGCCGCGUCGUCGUCACAGGCCGACGGCAGCAGCAGCAGCAGCAGCAGCAGCAUCAGUCGCCCCGCGGCGGGGGCCGGGACCGGGACGGGGGUGUCCGCUUCGGCGCAAAAGUUCGGCAGCGCGGUCAAGGGCAACCCAACCGAGAGCGAGGCGGACGUGGCGGCGGACCGGGCCGAGGACGACCCGCUGCCGCCGGAGCUGCACCACACAAUCCAGCUGGGCGCGGGCGGCGCGGCGCCGCGGCGGACCGAGAGCGAGGAGGACGUGGUCGCGGACCGCGGCGCGGUCGGCGAGGACCCGCUGGCCCGCGUCAAGAAAGAUCAACGCCGCUAAUUAAGUAACACUGGCUUCGCUGAACGCGCGGGUGGCUGGGUAGAUAAUAAUGAAUGAAGGAAUAUUUGGGGGUAUAUCGCGGGAGUCCUUUCCGGCGCCAACAGGUCCAGUAAUGAAUAACGUCUCAAAAGUUGGUUCGGUAUUUUUUUCCUUUGCAUUGAAUGCGACGACAGCCUGGGCGUUUAGGGUUG